AAUACCAACUCAAAAAAGGUCCAAUCUAACGUACGUCAAGAUGGAAAAUGAGAUGGAAGAAAAGUUUGAAGAUUGGAGAGGGAGGGAGACUAUUCCUGGCAAACAUGGUGGGAUUAGAGCUGCUUCUAUUGCUUGCGUUGUGGGGCUAUUGGAGAACAUGGUGUCCAUAGCUAUUGGAAACAACAUGGUCUUAUAUUUCAUGGAAUCAAUGCAUUACUCUCCAGCCGAAGCAGCGAACAUGGUGACCAAUUUCAUUGGAACAUCGCAUUUGGUCACUCUCUUUGGUGGUUUCGUGGCCGAUUCGUUCUUCACUCGCUCCACCACUUUCAUUAUCUUCUGUUCUAUUGAUAUCUUGGGUUUGAUUGUGUUGACACUCCAAGCUCAUAACCCUAAUCUACAACCUGAAGGAAAUAAAACACCUUCAACUCUUCAAUCAAUGAUUCUCAUCACUGGACUUUAUGCGAUCUCUUUUGGUACGGGUGGUACUAGACCCACGUUGCUUGCACACGGAGGCGAUCAGUUUGACAGUGGACACCAGACACUGAUCUCAAAAUUGUUCAGUUGGUACUACUUUGCUAUCUGCAUUGGAUGGCUCAUGGCUGUAACCGUUAUGGCGUGGAUCAAAAAUAUAUUCGAUAUAUCAAUCGUGCUUCUAGCGGUCGCCCUAUGCAUUUUCGUACUAGGAUUACCAUUUUACCGAUUAAAACGCCCUAGUGGAAGUCCGUUAACAAGAAUUGCAAAUGUGUUUAUUUCUGCCGCAAGAUAUCGAAAUGGUUCUAUCUUGGAUGUAGAGAUGUUGCAAAGUCUUACAUCUACGGACAACAACAUUCACCACCACAAGUUAAAGUGUUUAGAUAAAGCAUUGCUGAACAAAAACAUCUCAAGAACACAAGUUGAAGAAACAAGAACAUUUCUCGGUCUCCUACCAAUCUUUUUGAGCACGAUUGUCAUGAAUAGUUGUGUGGCACAAUUAUUGACCUUCACAGUACAACAAGGCAUGACCAUGAAUCGAAAGAUAUCUCCUUCGUUCGAGAUACCCGUACCUUCACUCAACGCCAUCACUAUCAUCUUCAUUCUCGCUUCCAUACCCUUAUAUGAACUCUUUGGCAAAAAUAUCAACAGAACAUCAAGCUUCUCUUUGAAACGCAUUGGACUCGGCCUAACUCUCUCGUCUAUAUCAAUGGCGGUUGCAGCCAUCGUCGAGGCCAAUAGGAAACACGAGGCAGUUCAAAACGGCUUCAGAAUCUCUGUUUUCUGGCUAUUGUUUCAGUAUACCAUGCUAAGUUUCGCGGAUAUAUUGACCUUGGGAGGCAUGCAAGAGUUUUUCUAUAGAGAAGCUCCCACGAGUAUGAAGAGUAUGAGCGUAGCAUUGAGCUGGUGCUCCAUUGCAAUGGGUUUCUUCCUUAGUUCAUUUCUUGUGGAGAUCACAAACGCAGUCACGGGAAAGCUUGGCCAUCAAUGGUUGGGUGGGGAGGAUCUCAACAAAUCUAGACUUGAUAUGUUUUAUGUGCUUCUAUGUGUUCUUAAUACUCUUAAUCUUCUCAACUAUAUUUUCUGGGCAAAGAGAUAUUGAGUGAAUGAAUAUGAUUCUAAGUUGUUUGUA